CUACAGGGACAUCUAGUGGCAACAAAUGGUCCUAGCAGCUAGCGCUUCAUGAUACGUGUAAGCGGCGUCAGCGAGUUGAACACACACCGAUAAUGUCACAACUUUUUCAAUAAAGAGUAGAGUGACGGAGGUGAAUUUCAGUUGGCCCCGUUAAAUUCGACAUUUCUGGGAGUCUGUCUACCUGGAGUUACACCGAGCGUUGAUAUCUCGGUUUGCCCCGGUGGCGUUCGGUCGGCGGGGGGCUGCGAGUGUGGUGGGGGCGGCCCGGCUAAUGCCUACAGAACUCCAGAGCGAGGAUCCUCGGAGUGCUCAAAGCUGGGGAUUCGGACUUUGUGGCUGCAGCCUGUGCGAAGACAGAUAGGCCUGCCUGUUUUAUAUGUAAAGCUGCCAGCCAGAAAGCAUAGGCCCGCAGGGUACUCUGCACAACUCCUUUGUUGCAGCCAAACUGUGGUGGGGUCCCACUAUCUAAGCUGCUUUGCAUUCUGGGUGCACAAGAGAUGGGAAGGACACUAAGGAUGGUAGGUGCCACACCAGGCAGAAGCUCACCUCUUUCAGGUUGAGGCUGCCUCCGCCCCCUGCUGUCCAUCAUGGCAAGCUUGUUCAACCUUGUCCUUGUUUUCGGAGCCCAUGAAUCUUGCAUGCAGUGGAUAUUUUGAUCCGUGACAGUGCAUAUUCCACAGGCAGCCAUGUUCCAUCUCAUCAAAUACAGUCGUCUGUUUCUCUGCCAGUGCUGAUGGAGGAAAUUCUUUGGCAUCUCAUUAUUAAUUGAAUUAAGCAAGGUAUUUCUGGAGCAAGGUUUCCAGGAAUAAAGAUCUUCUUAUCUCAGGGGAGAUGAUGUUGAAUUGGUCGUUGACUUGGCGGUCCUCGCUCCAUACUGCAUGACUGCAAUCAAACGAUACCAGAUAUAGUAUGAAUAUGCUGAGACAGAAACAGGAGGAGGAGGACAUGGUCAGGAACAGGAAUGUAAAUACCACAAAAGGAGAUGUCCAUACAACUUCAAGGGUGAAGCUUUGGGCUUCAGCAUUCGGUGGGGAGAUGAAGUCCAUUUCGGCAAAGUACUCUGGCUCCCAGCUGCUGCAGAAGAAAUACAAGGAGUUCGAGCGGGCAGUGCGGGUGGAGGAGAUUGAUGGGCUGCGGCUGGUAAAGAGGCUUGCAGAGGACAUGGAGGAGAUGUUUCACAAGAAAGCCCAGGCAAUGAAGAGACUGGUGGAGGCAGCAGAGGAAGCCCACCUACAGCACGAGGAGGAUCCAAACCUACAGUAUGAAUACUUCAAUGCAGUGCUGAUCAAUGAGGUGGAUGAGGAGGGGAACAGUGUAGAGCUCGGCGGAGAAUUCAUCCUGCAACCCAAUGACCACUUUAACAACCUGUCAGUCAACCUCAGCCUCAGCGUGGUCCAGGUACCCACUAACAUGUACAACAAAGACUCUGCAAUUGUCAACGGCGUGUACUGGUCUGAGGCCUUGAAUAAAGUGUUUGUGGAUAACUUUGAGAGAGACCCAUCGCUCAUAUGGCAGUAUUUUGGCAGUGCCAAAGGCUUUUUCAGGCAAUACCCAGGAAUCAAAUGGAAGCCAGAUGAACACGGGGUCAUAGCUUUUGACUGUCGUAACCGGAAGUGGUACAUCCAGGCUGCCACCUCUCCAAAAGAUGUGGUGAUCCUGGUGGAUGUCAGUGGCAGCAUGAAGGGCCUCAGGCUGACCAUUGCCAGACAGACUGUCUCCUCCAUACUGGACACACUUGGAGAUGACGAUUUUUUCAACAUCAUUGCUUACAAUGAGGAAUUGCAUUAUGUGGAGCCGUGCCUGAAUGGAACUCUGGUCCAAGCAGACGUCACCAACAAAGAUCAUUUCCGGGAGCACCUCGACAAGUUGUUUGCUCAAGGCAUUGGUAUGUUAGACAUAGCUCUGACUGAGGCCUUCAAUCUUCUCAGUGACUUCAACGAGACUGGGAGGGGUAGUGAGUGUAGCCAAGCCAUUAUGUUGGUGACAGAUGGGGCAGUGGACACAUAUGAUGCCAUCUUUGCCAAGUAUAACUGGCCAGAGAGGAAGGUUCGCAUAUUCCCAUACCUGAUUGGUCGAGAGUCAGCCUUCGCAGAUAAUCUGAAAUGGAUGGCAUGUGCCAACAAAGGCUACUUCACUCAGAUUUCCACACUGGCAGAUGUGCAAGAGAAUGUGAUGGAGUAUCUUCACGUGCUGAGUCGUCCCAAGGUGAUCGACCGGGAGCAUGACACGGUGUGGACUGAGGCCUACAUCGAUAGCACUUUGGAGGACGGUCAAGGUCCAGUUCUGAUGACCACAGUGGCAAUGCCAGUGUUCAGCACUAAGAAUGAGACUAGAAACCGUGGCAUCCUUCUAGGGGUGGUUGGGACAGAUGUGCCCGUCUCUGAGCUGCUCAAGACCAUCCCCAAAUAUAAGCUGGGCAUUCAUGGCUACGCCUUUGCAAUCACCAACAACGGCUACAUCCUUACACACCCAGAUCUACGGCCACUUUAUGGGGAUGGCAAGAAGCGAAGGAAGCCAAACUACAGCAGUGUGGAUCUGUCUGAGGUGGAGUGGGAGGAUAAGGAUGACACGCUGAGAAAUGCCAUGGUCAACAGGAAGACAGGCACCUUCUCCAUGGAGGUGAAGAAGAGUGUCGACAAAGGGAAACGUGUGUUGGUGUUGCAUAAUGAUUACUACUACACAGACAUCAAGGGGACGCCAUUCAGUCUAGGGGUGGCUCUUUCUAGAGGCCAUGGCAAGUUUUUCUUCAGAGGGAAUGUCACAGUGGAGGAAGGACUUCAUGACUUGGAGCAUCCUGAUGUAGCUUUGGCAGACGAGUGGACAUACUGCAACACAGACGAGCACCCAGAACACCGUUACCUUUCCCAGAUAGAGGCGAUCAAACUCUACCUCAAUGGCCACGAACCCCACCUACAAUGUGACAAGGAGCUGAUUCAGGAGGUUCUCUUCGAUGCAGUUGUGACUGCCCCUUUGGAGGCCUACUGGACCAGCCUCGUGCUCAAUAAGUCUGAGAACUCCGAUAAAGGAGUGGAGAUAGCCUACCUGGGCACAAGAACAGGCCUCUCCAGAAUUAACCUGUUUGUGGUGCCUGACGAGCUUACAAACCAAGACUUCCUGACAGCUGAAGACAAAGAGGGGGUGUUCAACGCCGAUCACUUUCCCCUGUGGUACAAGAGAGCGGCAGAGCAAGUUCCUGGCACCUUCGUUUACUCUCUACCUUUCAACACAGGAUCAGAAAACAAGAGUGUUGUAUUGGCCAGCACUGCCAUUCAGCUUCUGGAUGAGAGGAAAUCACCCAUAGCUGCGGCUGUGGGCAUCCAGAUGAAACUGGAGUUCUUUCAGAAGAAAUUCUGGACAGCCAGUAGACAGUGUGCAGCAUUAGAUGGGAAAUGCUCCAUAAGCUGUGAUGAUGAGAAUAUUAACUGCUACCUCAUUGACAACAAUGGAUUCAUUCUGGUGGCAGAGGACUAUACCCUGACGGGGAAAUUUUUUGGAGAAGCAGAGGGAGCUGUAAUGAGUAAGCUUCUGCAGAUGGGCUCCUUCAAGAGGGUGACUCUGUAUGACUACCAGGCUCUUUGUUGGGUGUAUUCAGAGAGUAGUGACAGUGGACACACACUGUUGGAUCCUUACUUUGCUUUCUUCUCAGCCGUGAAGUGGAUCCUGACCGAGCUUGUCAUAUUCCUGGUCGAGUUCAACUUGUACAGCUGGUGGUACUCUGACCUCACAGCUAAAGCGCAGAGGAUAGGUCGGACCAUGCAGGUACCAUGUGACACAGAGUACCCAGCCUUUGUCUCCGAGAGAACCAUCAAAGAGAACACGGGCAACAUCGACUGCGAUGGCUGCAUCAAGUCCUUUGUGAUCCAGCAGAUCCCCAGCAGUAAUCUCUUCAUGGUGGUGGUGGACAACAAGUGUGACUGCAGCAUGUUCGAGCCAAUCACCAUGGACCCCAUUGAAAUCAUGUAUAAUGAAUCUCUUAAGUGCGAGAGAUUGAAGAUGCAAAAGGACAGGAGGCGCCCAGAUACCUGUCACCCAUUUCACCCUGAGGAGAACUCAAUGGAGUGUGGAGGAGCUGUGGAUCUCACCCCGUCUCUUGCAGCAACACUGUUCUGCGUCCUAUUGGCACUGUUUCCUAGGUGACCAGAGCUAGCCACGCCUCUCCGUCCAGCACUUGACUUGGAUCGGUUUGGCUCAGCAGACAACAGAAUCGCAUCGAUGCAAAGAAAAAAACCCACCUGCUGCCCCUUAUAGAAUUGUGCCCAAUUUCAACUCACCACCUACAAAGCCCCUAGCCCAGACGUACGUCCCUAAAAGACACUUAUUUGAAAGGAUUGAUAAUGGAUAGCUUUUACAGCUGCUAAGUAGUGAUCAUUAAGGUGCUUUAGCGAUAUCACAUGAGCUGCACGGAGAUGUUCUUGGGGAGAUACAAAGUUUUAACAUAGUAAUAAUGCUAACAAUGCACUUAGUAGCUUAAAAACUGCACAGGUGGUCCAGUAAUACCCACUGACACUCACCACUAUGUUCAGUCCUUUCAGGUAGCAGCUAAGGGCUGGGUUCUGUAGCUGGGCUUGGAACUGGGCAUUAGAGCCACGUACCACCAAUGUGGAGAAAGACAGGCAAACCUUUCCUUGGCCAACUCUGACUUUUAAUGGCACUAAUGAUUCUGAAGAUAAAAAAUAAAACUGAAGGUGAAGAUGAUUAUAUGUGGCUGGGGUUGUAAUGACAUUUUUGUCUAAUGAUCUUUUUUUUCAUGUUGAGAAAAAAAUAAGCUGUUGUUUUCAUAUAUAUAUAUAAAUAUAUAUAUAUGGAAAAAAAAGAUUUUAUUUAUGAUUUGCAAGUGGUACCCAUAAACUGUGACUAUGAGAUUUUAAGUUGUCUGACGUGAGUGGUUAUUAAUAUUUGAGCUUUGCCUUAUUGAACGAUAUUGGUCCUGUUUGUGUACUUUUGAAAUAAAAUGAUGUUUAAAAUUUAUGCUGUUGUUGAAAGCCAUGUUGUUGAAAGAGUCUUUAGAAAAGAACCGAACAAUAGACAAUAGACUUAAUAUGAAGGAUCAGUUCUCAUCCCCAUAGCUUGUUCUACUGUUGUUGGCAGAUUUAACUUAAUCAUACGGUAUCUGCUAAAAUGGUUAGGGAAAUGUUUGGCUGCGUUUCGGCAGCCAAACUUUUCUAAACAUGAGUUGUGAGAUUCGGAAGGCUUGUGUGUGUGUGUGCACACAUGCAUGUAUUUGUGUGUGCAUCUGGUGUUUUGCUUCCGUCAUUCAUGUAUGCCUCUACCCCAGAGGUC